GUGGCUGCGUCACGUGAAAGGGAGCCAGGCCCAGCAGCAGAAGCAGAAGCAGAAGCAGAAGCAGCCUUCACCGCCGCACGGCCAGGAGAGCCAGGCUGGGCUUGUCAGCAGCAACGGGGACCAAGCUGGCGAGGAGGAAAGGCAGGCAGCCUGGGCGAGUGCAAGCCGACUCCUUGGAGAGAGAGAGAGAGAGGGAGGAGAGAAAGAUUAGAAACACCCAAGAAGCCCUGAUUUUGAAGGACAGAUGGCUUACAAGACUGCGAUAGCUAAACAGUGAAGCCAGAUGCAGCCGAAAUUACCAAGUUGACAGAGUGCCUGUGCAUACUGUGCAUACAACACAUGCAUACAUAUCUGCAGCCACCGAGACUGGCAGUUACAUACUUGAGAUAGUUUUAGCAAUUGAUGAAAAUUAAUUCAAGGACCAGAUGGAGCAACCUGGCAGCAUAAGGACCAAAAGCCCAUGGAAUGCCAUCUGCUAACAAUGGUCAACUCUCCUUCUGGUUUAUAACGCGUGGAAAGAAAAAUACAAGUAGUAGCAGAAGACGACACUCUCUCAGCAUAGUGGAAAUGACACAAAUACCUCUAUGAAAAUGAAACAGUUUGUAAGAGAUUGGUAUCGUCAUCCCCAAAAGAGGAAUAAUGCUCAUGUUUCUUGUGCAUUUCAGCAGGAUUUAAAAUGCUUGCUAAUUUAACAGUUACAAAUAUUGAUAGGUGGGUGAGAUUCUGAAAAAGUCAUUUGUGGAGCAGUGGAACGGACCUAAGAGAUUGAACUCCUGAGACUUUAAUAUCUUGUGAUGAGUUUUGCAAUGGGAUUCGCUCCUUUCUCUUCUCUGCUCCCCUUUUGUUUUGUUUUUGAUUCUUGUCAAUGUUACAAACGCUGAUAAAUAUUUGUCCAUAAAUGUUACAUACAACAUUUGAACAUUUUUAGACAACGUUCUACAACUUCAAAUCAGUUGGUUGAAACUAUGACUCUGUGCUCUAUGAGAGAAAGCAUAUUGACCAAGCAAAGAACACAUCCCUAUAGAUUCUAAAAGGAAGACAAGUUGGAUUUUUUUUCUGAGUGUGGAUCCUCUCCCCUUUUUUGUUUUUGUUGGCUGUUCUUCCUCCUGUCUUGAAUCCUGCGGGAUCAGCAAGUAAUUGCUGACUGGAUGUGCUUUUAGCUCUGGCACUUGUUUUUAUAAGAAGAUGAAAAGCAAGUUCUGUGAUUCUCUUCUUGCAGCAUAAAGGGAAAAGACAGAGGCAUUGAACAGCCUGAUGUUUUGGAGAAAAUUUCAUGGUUCACUCGAGGUGAACAUAUCUGCUUUAAAAGCUUAAAAGUACCAGGGUGUUUUAAAAAACAGACUGCUAAAUGAGAAGGGACGUUUGUUCUCAUGCCUACAUGUGGCAUCAGGUCCUGAGGAGGCAGGCAAGACAGUGUGAUGAACCGAGACUCCUGUGGAAGCUGCCAAGGAAAUGGGAUUGCCUUUGGAUUGCAAAAGCGCUUGGGUUGAACAGUGAGCAGUGGAGUUCAGAAAGGGCUUUUCUGUCUGGCCUGGCACAUUGUUAACUGCACAAAACUUUGGUUUGUGGUCUCACGUGGUCUGUGUGCCUUCCCCCUUCCCAUCUUUAUGCAAUCUGUUUCAGCUUUAGCGGCAGAAAUGUGUCUGUUGGGGAAGUUGUGUCCGAGGAUGGAUUUGGGGAAAGAUUGAAUGAAUGUCCCAUGUGCAUACCUAUGAAAAUCCAACUGGAGAAAAUCUUUAAAGCCUUAAGUUACUUGAAACCUACACAUCUGCAAACCUUUGUCUCUGGAAUUGCGUGAAGCUAUACUAGAAAUCUCAGGCUGUACGAUGGUUAUAUCCAAUUGAUCAAAAGGCGACUUGCCGCUUCCUUGAGCGCCUCUCCAGCAGUUGCUGUUUCUCCAAAGGAUAAGUGUGCCCUCACUCUUACGACUAAAUCAAAAUGAACCCAAUUUGUUUUGGUUUUUUUAAGCAUUACAUUUUCUUAGCCAACUGUCAUCAUCUUUUAUAGAGAAAUUUUUCACUAUGCAUUUGGUGGAUAUUUAUAAAAACUGACUUUUUCUUCUUUUUCCCACCCCUCAUAUUUGGAUCUGUCUGAAAUUUUGGGCGUAUCAACAAAACAAAAGAUUCACAUUUCCUGCACUAGACGCAGUACUUUCCUAUUUCAAAAGGAAAAAAUACAGUGAAGCAUGUAUGCAGCUGUGGAACAUGGGCCUGUUCUCUGCAGCGACUCCAACAUCCUCUGCCUCUCUUGGAAAGGCAGAGUUCCUAAAAGUGAAAAGGAGAAACCUGUGUGCCGGAGGCGCUAUUAUGAGGAAGGCUGGCUGGCAACCGGAAAUGGCCGAGGAGUCGUUGGCGUUACCUUUACUUCCAGCCACUGUAGAAGAGACAGGAACACGCCACAAAGAAUCAAUUUCAACUUAAGGGGCCACAACAGUGAGGUGGUGCUUGUAAGAUGGAAUGAACCAUUUCAGAAGCUGGCAACCUGUGAUGCAGAUGGUGGAAUAUUUGUUUGGAUUCAGUAUGAAGGCAGAUGGUCUGUGGAGCUUGUGAAUGAUCGUGGGGCACAGGUGAGCGACUUUACAUGGAGCCACGAUGGAACGCAAGCACUCAUUUCCUACAGAGAUGGGUUUGUCCUAGUUGGAUCAGUUAGUGGGCAGAGACAUUGGUCUUCGGAGAUUAACUUGGAGAGUCAGAUCACCUGUGGCAUAUGGACUCCUGAUGAUCAACAGGUCCUGUUUGGCACAGCAGAUGGACAGGUGAUUGUCAUGGACUGCCAUGGCCGAAUGCUAGCACACGUUCUCCUUCAUGAGUCUGACGGCAUCCUUAGCAUGUCCUGGAACUACCCAAGCUUCUUGGUCGAAGACAGUAGCGAGAGUGACACUGAUUCCGAUGAUUAUUCCCCACCACAAGAUGGUCCAGCUUCAUAUCCAGUCCUGGUUCAGAACACCAAACCCCUGCUCACUGUCAGCUUCACAUCGGGAGACAUUAGCUUGAUGAACAACUAUGACGACUUGUCCCCGACCAUCAUCCGUUCAGGGUUGAAAGAUGUAGUUGCUCAGUGGUGUACGCAAGGAGACUUAUUGGCUGUAGCAGGAAUGGAAAGGCUAAGCCAACUAGCUGAACUUAGUGGAGCUUCUUUUCUGAAAAGUGCACUCGUCAAGUUCUACAAUAUUACUGGAGAACAUAUCUACACUCUGGAGACACCUGUACAGUGCCCUAUCAUCUCCAUCUGCUGGGGCCACAGGGACUCGCGCCUGCUCAUGGCAUCUGGCCCUGCCCUGUAUGUUGUCAGAGUGGAGCACAGAGUGUCCAGCUUGCAGCUCUUGUGCCAACAGACCAUUGCUAGUUCCUUGCGGGAUGACAAAGAUAUCAGUAAACUCACCCUGCCUCCACGCCUGUGCUCAUACCUCACCACUGCCUUUACACCAACGAUCAAGCCUCCUAUCCCAGAUCCCAAUAACAUGAGAGAUUUUGUUAGCUACCCAACAUCUGGCAACGAAAGGCUUCACUGCACAAUGAAGAGGACAGAAGAUGAUCCAGAGGUUGGAGGGCCUUGCUAUACGUUGUACUUGGAAUACUUGGGAGGUCUGGUGCCUAUCUUGAAAGGAAGGCGGAUUAGCAAACUGCGGCCUGAGUUUGUCAUCAUGGAUCCUAAAACAGAUGGAAAAGCAGAUGAAAUCUAUGGGAACAGUUUGAUUUCCAGUGUGAUUGACAGCUGCAACUGCUCUGAUUCCAGCGAUAUUGAACUGAGUGAUGAUUGGGCUGCCAAAAAGUCCCCCAAAAUCACUCGAGCUAGCAAAUCACCCAAACUUCCCAGAAUUAACAUAGAAGCUCGCAAAUCUCCCAAGUUGUCACGGGCUUCCCAGGAAAUAUCAAGAUCUCCUCGGCUCCCCAUCAGAAAGCCUUCCAUAGGUUCACCAAGUCUAACUCGUCGGGAGUUUCCUUUGGAAGAUAUCACUCAGCACAACUAUCUUGCUCAGGUCACAUCAAACAUCUGGGGAACCAAAUUCAAAAUUGUAGGUUUGGCUGCUUUUCUUCCAACCAAUCUUGGUGCAGUUAUAUAUAAAACCAGCUUGCUGCAUCUUCAACCCAGACAAAUGACAAUAUAUCUUCCAGAAGUACGCAAGAUUUCCAUGGACUAUAUAAACCUACCUGUUUUCAACCCAAAUGUUUUUAGUGAAGAUGAAGAUGAUUUGCCAGUGACUGGAGCAUCUGGAAUUCCCGAAAACAACCCACCGUGCACCGUAAACAUCCCAAUUGCUCCUAUUCACAGCUCAGCACAAGCAAUGUCACCUACUCAGAGCAUAGGACUUGUUCAGUCUUUAUUGGCCAAUCAGAAUGUACAAUUGGAUGUCCUUGCAAACCAGACAACAUCUGUAGCGGCAGCAGACCACAUGAAUGAUAAUGCAGUUCACUAUCCGAUCCCAAGCAGGUACUCCAACCCAGGCCAGGUGAUCUUUGGAGGAGUAGAAAUGGGGCGCAUCAUCCAGGCACCCCCUCAGUUACCCCUGCCACCCCAGGGUGCAAUCCAGAUGGCAAUGAUGGACCACAGAGAUGGGGACAGGGACCACGAACACCUCCAAAAGGCCAAAAUAUUGCGCCCAGUACCACAGGUGGCUGAAGGAGAAGCGUCUGUUUUCAGCACUGCCCAAGAAAUCCAGAUGAACAAAAUGAAUCCCCCUCCGCCAUACCCAGGCACCAUACCAGCAGCGCCUACCACAGCACCACCACCUCCUCCUGUACCUCAACAACCUCCGGUAGACCUCUGUUUGAAAAAAGGAGACUUCCCACUUUAUCCAGCAGGACAUUAUCAGACACCUCUAGGCUAUGAGAGAAUAACCACUUUUGACAGUAGUGGGAAUGUUGAGGAAGUAUGUCGGCCUCGGACACGGAUGCUGUGUGCCCAGAAUACUUACACUCUGCCAGGGCCUGGCAGCUCUGCGACACUAAGGAUUACUUCAUCCGAGAAGAAGAUUCAGCAGCCUUGUACCAGCGCUACCUUGAACAGACUUACAGUUCCACGCUACUCCAUUCCCACUGGGGAUCCACCGCCUUACCCAGAGAUUGCUGCCCAGCUGUCUCAAGGUCGUGGCAUUACACAAAGGCUGGACAACAGCAUCAUCCAUGCCACUCUGCGGAGGAAUAGCAGGGAGGCAGCACUGAAAAUGGCUCAACUGGUUGACAGCCAGAGAGCUACUCUACAGCUCCCACCCAAACUAAAGAGCAACGUUGUGGCAGCCCAGUACCAACAGAGGGUGCCAACAGCGCUGUACACCUGCAGCCAGUGCAGCAACAGUGGCAACACCAAUAGCGGGAGCAGUGGCAGUGCUGCUAAUAGUGGAAAUGUGAACAUCUGCAGUGUUAACAGUAACAACAACACGUCUAGCAUUGGCAAUGUAAGAUCGGACAUAACAAUGGGGAGCAGCUCUCAACACAACUCUGUCAUUGCACACUCAGCCAGUACUUCACCUUUGGCCUCCCAGUCCUCCUACAGUUUGCUGGGUCCACCAGACAACUCUCAUGAACGGACAGAUUAUGUGAACUCUGCCUUCAUGGAAGAUGAAGCUCUUUCUCAGCACUGCCCUGUGGAAAAGCCAGUACGUCACGUUCCAGUUCCCAUGGCAGAGCCUAGCAUUGGUGUGAAAAGACCACCUCCCUAUCAGUGGGAACCUAUGAUGAGUGAGGAAAUAUGGGUUCCUCAACAAAGGACAGCAAAUACUUUGCCUCACCCUGUAAAAUCUGCCCCUCUGGUCAUUGGCCAAGCUCAGCAUCUGGAUAUCUCCCGGGCACCAUUUAUUUCCCCCAAGUCUCCAACCAGUCCCACUGCCACUUUUCAGAUGAGUUAUGGGGUUGGAGCACCCUAUGUGGGGGGCUACAGUGUCCCUCCUCCACCGCCCCCACCUCUUCAGGGAAUGCAGGUGCCCUGUCCUCCCAAAGAAGGUCUGGCCCCUCCUCAAAUUGCACAACAGGAGCCAACAGUUGUGCUUCAGCCAGGUUAUCCCUCCAACCUUUCUUAUUGCCCUCUGCCCCCCAUGUAUCCUGGAAAUAGCACUUGCUCGAGUUUACAGCUGCCACCGAUGGCCUUGCACCCAUGGAAUCCCUACAGCACCCUCCCACCUCCCUCACAGAGUGCUCAAAGCACUCUCCCGCCGAAGCCCCUGGUGGUGGUGGAGAAGCCUGUUAUGUCUCCACCACCAGCAGAGCCCCAGGCUCAUGUGGGCUCAGAUGCCAUGGCAGAGACAGCAGAUAACUUCCAAGAAGUACUCUCGUUGACAGAGAGCCCCAUCCCUCAACGGACAGACAAGUUUGGGAAAAAGAACCGGAAACGCUUGGACAGCCGUGCAGAUGAAGGAAAUGUACAGGCUAUCACAGAGGGGAAAGUCAAAAAGGAGGCCAGGACUACGCUGACCGAUUUCAACUCACUGAUAUCUAGCCCUAGACUGGGCAGAGAGAAGAAGAAAGUCAAAAGUCAGAAGGACCAGCUGAAGUCAAAAAAGCUGAACAAAAUGAAUGAAUUUCAGGACAGUUCAGAAAGUGAGCCUGAACUAUUUAUUAGUGGGGAUGAACUGAUGAAUCAGAGCCAGGGCAGUAAAAAGGGGUGGAAAACCAAAAGGAAUUUGAGGACAGCCAGUGAACUUGAUGAAUUUAAGUGCCGAAAAGCAAAUGAAAAGGAAGAUGGACGGCUGGGCAGCCAGGGCUUUGUGUACGUGAUGGCUAACAAGCAGCCCUUGUGGAAUGAGGCGACACAAGUUUAUCAGCUGGACUUUGGAGGGAGAGUGACCCAAGAAUCCGCAAAAAACUUCCAGAUUGAGCUGGAAGGGAGACAGGUCAUGCAGUUUGGGAGGAUUGAUGGCAACGCUUAUAUUUUGGACUUCCAGUAUCCAUUUUCAGCGGUGCAGGCCUUUGCAGUAGCUCUGGCAAAUGUGACUCAGCGCCUCAAAUGAAAAAAGAAAGAGCAAAAAGAGGGGAAAACACAUAAUAAUCUUUCUCGUAAGGGCCAGCCCAGGAGGUGGUCUGGCAGCGGUGUACAAAGGAGUCUGGGAGUGAAGAAGGAAGUGCAACUGGAAAAAAAAGUCUCCGAAUGCCCCAAGAAGGGCAACAACUUCAAACAUUAAUGGGGAUAGUGUGGGGCUCCUUUGGUGUGGGAUUUAUUUUCUUUGACUCAACAGUGUGCUGGUUUUUCAGGACGAGCGAAGAAUGAGAGCUAUUCUGUGUUCUGUUGGGAAAUGUAGCUUUUGGCUUGUUGUGAUGGUUCUUCUGUGUUUGCCGCAAAAAGUAGCUAAUGUAAGCCAAUAGAGGGACUUUAUAAGACUGCCCUUCUUUUUUGCAUUUUGUGCAUUCUUUUAUAGAUUGCCUUAUAUCAUACUGUUUUUUUUAAAGCAGGGAACAUAAUCCCCCCAGAUCACUUUGUACAUCAAUAGGUAAAUAGCAAAAAAAAAAAAAAAACCCAUACUUGAAGACAUAUGUUUAUUCUUUGGAAAUGGAUCACAGUAGGCACCAUGGAAGUUUUUGGGAAUUUCAUAUUUUGUUCUUAAAAUAUCAUUCAAA